AUGGCGACCGAUUUCAUAAUGCCACGGGUCCCGGGAGAGCAGCAGAAUCCUUACUACGCGCCUGCGCACCAGCAGCGCCAACAGUAUCGUCCCCAACAAGCCCCAUUCCAGCCAUCCCCGAUCACGACCACCUACCCCGCGUCCACACAUUACAACUCGCCCGUCUCGCCGCUUGGGACUCCGGGGAGCAUCUCACCGACGUCAUCCAAGAAUUACAUCACCCGCCAAAUCCGGCCUUUGUAUGUUCCUGCCGUGUUGCGUCCAACCGAGUUCCCAUCCAAGCCAGCACCACCCCAGCCGGACGCCGAAGAUGAGAAUGAUUUUGUCGAGGAUGGCUUGCGGCCGACGAGCAGCUUUCAUGAGUCUCGGUGGCCUAAGCGCGUUCGGGCGGCUGAGCAGGCGGGUCUACGGGGAGACAGCGCCAAAUCCAUCGACAGCAUUUUGGAAUCUCGACCAGUUCCCCGAAGCCCACAGGCCCGCCCACUCGAGACCACUGGGAGGGUACCUAUGUCCCCCGGCGUGAAGUGUAGUUCAUCCGUCCGAGCCGACGUUAACAUGUCGUGUUGCAGCCCGACAACGAGUCUACCAUUUGCGAUCACGCCACCUGCAAGCGGUACUUUAGUUACUUCACCCGCCGCCACCACUGCCGCAAGUGCGGCAACAUCUUCUGCGACCAGCACAGCACCUUCGAAAUCCCGCUCGACCAAGAUGGCAAUUUCAACCCCCGCGGCGUGCUCAGCCGCUCGUGCGACCACUGCUAUUCGCAGUUCAGGGAGUGGCGGAGGCUAG